AUGGGCCCAACAUGGGAAAUGCUUAACCAGGGUGGCGGGUUAAGCGCAUUAAGGUAUCGCGGCAUCAGCCUGGAGCAGGAGAAAGAAGAAAGAAGAACACUGGUAGCGUUGGCAUACCUGCCUCUCUGUCUGUACUGCGAUUGGUCUGAGAAGCGAGAGAAGGAACCUCCUUAUGUGACGAAGCUCAGAGUGGUCCGUGACGUCAUCAUGACAGCCAUCUUGCUGCCUACUACUACUUUUGCCGAUAUCACAUUUUGGGUAACCUUCCUCUAUGACCCAAGCAUCAUCGCACCUCCUCGAGUCUUUGAGUACUUGCCGUACUGGUCUCAGCACUCCUUGCAUACGGUUUCCAUGGUAACCGUUAUCAUGGAUGUACUCCUCACUCCUCGAAAGAGACCUGAGACUAUGAAACUUCAUCUGGGUGUGAUGGUGGGCUUUGGAACUGCCUAUAGUCUUAUGGUGUACGUCAGCUUUCUCCAAGGUGAGUCAGUCUACGGGUUCCUGUCAACAGCUAGUACUACAACAUUCUUUUCAGUAUACUUCAUCUUUCUUAUAUCAUUAACAAUCAGCUUCUAUGCGCAAUGGCUGGUCAUUGAUUACGUGUGGGGUCAUAAACAAAAGAAAAGUAAAAAGUUUAAUAAAAUAAAAUAA